UAAAAAUGCAAGCAAAUCCAGCUCUACACACACCAGCAAAGAAGAAUUGUACAUUCGAAGUUGCAGGAAGACCUGAUGGCGAAGGGUAUAUUAUUUAUAUAUUCGUAUUCACCCAGAUAUUUAAGUCAGAACAAUGCCAUGUUUGGAAUCAUUGUGAUAUAAGAAUGGUGGGGUUUGAAUGAAUCAAUGGUGAAAACAACUGAUAGGAUAGCCAAAAUGGGAUUUUAAUGCAUUUCUCCAGAUAUUUAUAGAGGCAAAGUUGCCCAGAAUAGAGAAGUAAUGUGAACCAUUAUUAUUAUAGGAAGCUGGCCAUCUUUUGGGUGGAUUAGAUUGGGAAGGAGCAGUCAAAGACAUUGAAGGAGCAGCAAAGCAUUUGAGAGAGAUGGGAUGUAAAAAGGUUGGAGUAACAGGAUUUUGUAUGGGCGGAGCUUUAGCAAUUGCUGCUUUAUCUUUUUCAGAUUAAAUUAAUGCUGCUGCUCCAUUUUAUGGUGUCUGCGAUUUAAAUACAUUCAAAUUAGAUAACAUAAAGGGACCAAUCUAUGGGUAAUUUGGGGAGAAGGAUGAAAUGAAAGGAUUUUCCUCUCCAGAUGAUGCUUAAAGAUUAGUUGAUGCAGGGUAAAAGGCCGGAAAAAAUGUAAAAGUGAAGUAAUUAAUAUCUUGAAAUAUAGAAUUUGGCCAGGUGUUGGACAUGCUUUUAUGAAUUAAGACAGACCUGAAGCAUACAAUGCCGAGGUGGCUUAAUAGGCAUUAUAGGAAGUGGCUACUUGGUUUAAAUAAGUAUUUUCAUAAUAAUUGUGAAAUUUAUUAUAAAAUAUAUUU